AUGGCUGCUUCAAGCACAGAAAAAGAUGAGAAUGAGGAUAUGGUUGCUUCAAGCACAGAAAAAGAUGAGAAUGAGGAUAUGGCUGCUUCAAGCACAGAAAAAGAUGAGAAUGAGGAUGUGGUUGCUUCAAGCAUGGAAAAGGCCAAGAAUGAGGAUAUGGUUGCUUCAAGCACGGAAAAAGAUGAGAAUAAGGAUAUGGUUGCUUCAAGCACAGAAAAAGAUGAGAAUGAGGAUAUGGCUGCUUCAAGCACAGAAAAAGAUGAGAAUGAGGAUGUGGUUGCUUCAAGCAUGGAAAAGGCCAAGAAUGAGGAUAUGGUUGCUUCAAGCACGGAAAAAGAUGAGAAUGAGGAUAUGGUUGCUUCAAGCAUGGAAAAGGCCGAGAAUGAGGAUAUGGUUGCUUCAAGCACGGAAAAAGAUGAGAAUGAGGAUAUGGUUGCUUCAAGCACAGAAAAGGUCGAGAAUGAGGAUGUGGUUGCUUCAAGCAUGGAAAAGGCCGAGAAUGAGGAUGUGGUUGCUUAA